ACGCCCCUGGAGUAAAAGUGGGCAGAGCGCAGAGAGGCUCUCAAUCCCAGCCUGCAGUCACAGACAGAAGGAGCCAGAGUUCCUGUCCUGCUUCAGCCAUGCUGGACACCCUGACCUUCCUCCUGGAGAAGCUCUUCCUGCUGGCUCACAUCAGGCUGUCCAUCCUGCUGCCUCCGCAGCUGGACAGCUGUGAGCGGGAGGACUCCCUCCCGCAGCCCCCCGCAGCAGCAGCAGCACCGCACAGCUUCCAGCGGGGGGACCUGCUGGAGGUCCCCCGGACCCUCUUCACGCACUUCGGGAUCUACCUGGGAGACAACCGGGUGGCGCACCUCAUCCCGGACAUCCUGCCGGCGCUGAGCGCGGACCGCCGCCACAUCCAGCAGAUGGUGACCAACAGCCGGCUGCUGCUCGGGGUCCUCUCCAAGCGCGCCAGCAUCCGGGUGGACUCCGUGGAGGACUUCGCCUACGGAGCCGGGAUCCUGCUGAACGUCAUGGACCGGGCGGUGCUGCAGAGGCCGCUGCCCGGGGAGGAGGUGGCCCUGCGGGCGGAGCGGCUGGUCGGCGGGGUGUCCUACAGCCUGCUGUGGAACAACUGCGAGCACUUUGUCACCUACUGCCGCUACGGGAACGCGCAGAGCCUGCAGACAGACAGGUUCUGCGAGUGGCUGAAGUCGCUGAUCCGGGACCAGCGGAGCGUCCUCCUGACCGGCCUGCUGGGCCUCCUCUCCAUGCUCUGUUUGGGCGUGUCCCCCAUCACCGCCCUGCCCAGCGCCCUCAUCCCCUUCACCCUGUGGAUGGCCAGCUAAAAGCCUCCCAGCUCACCUCCAGUGUUUGGACCCGACCUGUUCAGAACCAACCAGAGACUCUGUUCUGACAGACAGAACGCAUCCAUCAGACUUUUCAUCUUUUUUUCUUUUCAGCUGCCUGUCUGUAGAGAUGUACGGUUAGGAAAGCGAUGUGUUGGUGGUAAAUGAAACAAAGAAAGACAAAUCUGUACAGUAUAGAUACUGCAGUUUAAAAAGACUCUGGUGAAAGUUGAAGUAUCAACUUGACCUCUUUACUCAAGUUAAAGUGA